UUUGUGCUGGAGCUUUCUGUUGUGUCCUGGAGUUGAGCCCAUAUUUAUUUUGACACAAGCCGGGAAAUACUGGGAUACUGCGUGAAGGAUGCAGGGACUGGUGUGUUGGAAAGGGAGGAGUCUGGUGCUGUUGCUGCUGCUGGCCCUUCUACCCCUCGCUAACGGCACAUUUCUGAUGGAUGACCGAGAGUACUCAGCAGUUCGGGCCUGUGAAUUUCCGGCAGGCUGGGCGGGACAAUGGUUCCAGUCCGGAAAACCAUCACCAGUCACUAUAAAUGCUACCAACAUUGGAGAACGUACCUGUGUAGAGAAGAAGGGGGAUAUGUACGUCGUUUAUGAUAAUUCAAGUUCUGGAGAGAAUUACAACUGCCUAAUAAUCAACGAUCGUCACACUAACGUCAUCCAGUUUCGCGAAGUUGGAUAUGGACACAGAUCCCCCAUGAAGCUUGAGGAGAUGUGCCAGGCGACGACAACAGACGACAGUCUCUUUACCAUGUUCCGGCUGAAUCCAACUCCCAUACCUUGUCCAUUUCAGGGACCACCAUUCACAUUUACUUAUAAUCGUGGCACCGGAGAGUGUGCACAACCUAUCAGUCACGCUGAGGGCUGCACGGAGGAAAGCAAAUUAUUACUAAAGUACCAGGCAUGCCCCGACGUUCCUGGAUCGGAGUCCAACACUGAAGAGCUGCAGUGCCUGGCAACCUGGAAGGACGGGAGGAAUAGGUAUUUGGUUGGUACACUCAAGCUAUUUGGAAGGAACGCGGUAACCAACGAGGAAACGUUCAGAUGCUUCUUAUACGAAAAGAAUACCCAUCACCGCGAUGUAACAUACGUCCUCGCCCAGUCCGGCGAUUCGACGUGCAGUGCUCUGAAUUCUGUUGCCGAAGGAUCACGCACUAUCAAACUGACAAAAGUUGAUCGUGAGCACAACAGAUGCAAGUACCCCGCCUGGGUGACGGUACGUCACCAAUGGCGUACUCUCGAUCACUCUCGCAAUUACCACUUCACAACUGGUAAUGCUACCCUUCGCGUUAAAGAUGAUCACUCACACGUGGAGAGAAUAGUCUGCCAUAAUUUAGAGAGUGGUGACGAUGAUGGAAGGAAUAAAGUUAAACUUGUUGCGCAUAUUACCAAAGGAUGCGAUAUUGGCUACGUUUGCAUGAUCUUCCAUAGAAGAGCCGGAAACGUUAUCGAGCUCCAGCAAUCAGAUCGAAAAACCAUCGUCCCCGAGGAGGCCUGCCAGGAGGAUUUGUCAGACAUGCCGUUUACAACGCUCAUAUCCUCAACAAUGGAGAAACGAAAAUGCCCUCAACCAGGGAGAUACACAGUCAUUGAUUACUCGACGUCUGGUGUUCUCUCUACCACGCCCAGGCGUCAGCGAAGAGGUACGCAAGGUAUGCGACCAGCCCAGAAAUUGACUUGGCAAGAGGACAGCGAGGACGAGGAGUGCAACGUAUCUUCACUACAGAUUGGAUGUGGUUCAUCCGAUCAGAGUGAAAUGAUUAUUGCCAAUACGUGUGAACGUGACGAACUUGUGUACACGUGCCACGACAGCUGGCAGGAUAAGAAAGGCACACAUUACAUGAUAGUGUCACAACCGGAGAUUGAGCCUGGCGUUGUUAAGACAUUCUGCUUCACUAUGAGAUGGGAAGAUCCACCAUCUAAAUCACUUGGUGGUAGAGCAUCGAGGCUGGAACACCAGCAACAAGAAUUAUGGUUGUCAAGACCAGCGCGGGAGUUUCAAACGGGACCCAACGAUCAAUGGACCUACAGGCUCGCCAGUCAAGGCAUCUGCAAGGAUAUGACGAGAGCCAGUGCAGCGUCUUCUUCAUCUCUAUCGAGAGUUUCCCUUGUUCUCUCUGCUGGUGCUGCCAUCCUGUGUAAAUUACUGUCAAGAUGAUGUGUUUGAGCUCGUCAGAAUUAAAUUCGGAUUUAGAUACAAAAGGAAUAAAACACAAACUCAGCUGAAAUGCAUUUAUUCACGAAGGAUCAAUUGAACCAACUGAGCGGAACAGGUCGAGCUGUACAGGUCGUGUAUGGGUGCUUUUCAAUGUUUUUGUUUUCAUUUUUGUUUUAUUUUCUUUUUGUCUUUUUUUUUUUUUUCUUCCAAGUAAUGAACAGAAGUGAGGUGCUGAGUGCGAGAAUAAUGGAAGGGAAAUUGUAUACGUUGAUGUAGGCUUAAGGAAGAAGUACUUGCCUCUCACAUUAGUCAUCUUCUAGUCCUUCUCGAUUCAAGACGUUGAGGAAUGGGAAUGGUAAUGGUAAUGUGGGAGGACAAUAGUGACAGUGAUCGAAAAGUGUGAAUUUAGCCUGAACAAUUCCGUCAAUGGUCUUUUCAAUGUGUACAUAAUGGUUAUAUUAUUUGAAUGAUUUUUUAUAAAUUAGUCAGCGAGAAUUGUUGAGAACAAUCCCUCCGGCGGUGAAAUUAUUUAGCUUUUAAUUUUGUACGUUUACAGAAGGGGUGGGGUAGGGACUGGGAAAAUCUUAUCGUACUGUUUGUUAUUUAUAUUCAAACCGAUUGUGGAAUUGUUGAGGAAAAUUCCAGUGGAUUGUAUCGUCUGAAGAACAAUUUAAUAUCUCCAAAUAGCAAUGAGUAACAUUAAAUCUGUCAAAGCUGUUGUCUAACAUGUCUGGACUAAUCUAGAUGGACGUCUCAAUUGGGAAACGAGAUAUCGAUGGAUUCGCAAUUACCAAACGAAACCUCGUACAGUUGUUCGUGACAUGAGAAUGUCAAUACCUCUUGUCUAUUCACGUUGUCCAGUUAACAAAAACCAUCAAUUUGUAUUGAAUACGAUGGUAGAUAACUCACUGGGCUCAAUUUGCCUGAUAUAUCUAAAUUAAUGGGACGAAUGAAAUUCAUCGUUUGAUCGAAGCCUCCAGACCAGUUUUUAAAUAUUAGAUAUGAUGGAAAAUAAUGAACGGGAUGGGAAAGUGUAAAUACGAUCAGGGUAUAAGUGAUCGACGUUCGCAUGUUGGGGAAAAUUACGAAAAAGAAAGAAGAAAAAGUGUCGAAUGUAAUACGUUCGAUUAACUUGUGAUCCAACUGACUGAGCGUCGUUACCGAUCGAAGGAUACGACGAAAAUAAAAUAAAUUAGAACAGGGAGGACGAUACAGAUAAUUAAGCGAUAAAGAAACAACCAUUUUUAUCCACUUAGCUAGUUGCACAUCUGUAUAUAAAUGAUUUAAAUAAUGUAUAAAGACUGUUUUUAAGGAAGUAUAUAUUGAAAAGAGGUUUACGGUUUAUUGAUAUUAUUAUAUGAAUGAAGAUGAAAAAUGGGGAUUUUUUUUUUUUAAAAGAAAAUCCGACGUAUAAUUCUUAACUGGAUUUAAGAUUUUUUAAGGGCAGGCCAAUGAUGAAGUAAAUGUGAAAUUUCUUAAAUAGUUUAAUAAUGGACAAGAGCAACAUUUGACGCAAUGUCAACUGUACUUACGGUGGAGGAAAAAAUUAUACUGACCACAUUCGUAUCGCCGAGUGGAAAGUAAUACAAUUGAUUAUUGAUUCUAUGAUACAGAUAUCUAGGGGAAGUUAUCUUCAGCAUCAUCGAAUUGUUUAUUUUACAAAUACCUAAUGAAUGAGGCCUAUUUAUUUGGUUCAUAGGACAGAUAUGGCAUCAACUCUAUGGUAUUCAACACGCCUAAGCACAAAUCAUAGCCAAAUGGAAAUUUUUAAAAAUCAAUAUUCACUCCUCUCAAUCUCUCGAUACCCUUUUUUUUUUCACUGUAUCUAACUAGAUAUUCUUUAUCAACGGCUUGUAAUUCGGUAUUCGAGAAUGGAAAAACAUUAUAGGUGUUUUUUAGUCGAUUUUAUUGACAGAUUUGAUUUCAUUGUGAUUCGUUGAUUUGGCAAUUUUUUAAAAUGAAGCAGCUAGGGGGAUCUAUAUAUUUCCAUAUCACUGAGGGCUUCUGGAAGAUAUAUAUUGUAAAUAAUUACCGAAUACCGGGCGACAAGCCCCCAUCUAAGGAAAAUUUUAAUAUCGAGAAAGACACUAAAUAAAGAAAUAAUGACAGAUUCAAAACGAUCGUUAAGAAAAUUAGUAGGCCUAGUGGAGGCAUAAACUCGGGGUCAGAAAAAUAAUGCUCCAGUUGAAACGAGAUUGAAUAAUUUAAAAAAAUUUAACGACAAAAAUCCAAUAUGUAAGUGUGUGUUAAGUGCCACGGACGCUUUAAAUUGAAUAAAACCAUGUUUUUAAAUUAAUAAUGAAUGAAUAAAGUGAUCAACUGAUUAUUAAACUGAUCAAGUGUACAAGAAUAUAUAUAUUUUUCGUUUAUCACUGUGAUGAUUACCUAACUAUUAUAAAUAUUAGUAGCUAAGGCAGUUUGAGUGUUGUUUUUCUUGCCAUUUGUAUAGUAAACAUAAAAAAAAAACGAAAAACGAAAAAAAAAACAAAACAAAAAAAAGUACGAAAAAAAAUGAAACGAAAAUUAUUGAAUUAAUUAUUCUUAAGGGUUUUGGGGCUUAUAAAAAUACGAUUGAAAAUCGAGAUGUUGAAGUAACGAAAAAAUAAUGAGUAAUAAAACAUUUUGUAAGUGGGCUUCUUGCUUGCCUACGUAAGAAAAAUUACUUUCGAUCUAAUUAUAUACUAAAUGACUAUGUAUUAUAAUAAUUAUAUGCAUAAGUUAUGUGAAAGAAUGCUGAAGCUAACGUCUAGUACUUGCAGACUGAAACCAACUGAAACCAACUGAAACCAACAAAAAAUGUCGGUGCGUCUGACGAUUGUUCUUUCAUUGGUUUUAUUUUCAUUGUCUUUGCAUCUGACAUUCGUCAGAGCACUUUUUUGAUUAACAAUUGGUGUUUUUUUUUUUGUUUUUUUUUUUUUUUUUUGAGAAAAUUGAGGAUAAGGCAAUUUGGGUAAAGUUUGAUUCUGGAUUACAUUUGUGAAUAUUGGACGAGUCAGGGGGAGAGACCCCUGUCAAACUAAAAUCCCCACAUGUCUCUGGAAAAAUUUACCUCUAUCCUCCUUCCCUCAAUUGGGGAACUCAUUUUCACAAAAAGGCAAUUACCAAGUGCUACUCGAGAAAA